UGGUUGUGGACGAUUUGUGCAAAUGAUCCAACAACAAUCUAAAUCCGAGCAACGGCUCUGACAACAGCCAGCCUCGCUCGCCCCUCACAUCACUCCCUCACUCACUCAUACGCACACACGCUUGCUCUCACCAGCCAGCAUGUCAAGCAUCAGAGACUUGAGAUCAUUGGUGGGUGCUUCCCGCUAUGAUGCGGGUGGUAUCAAGAAGACACCACUUCGACAAAUUGGACAGGCGCCGAUUGUGUACGGAAGAAAACGGACGCUGGCACCUCUCACACACACCCCGCGCCCAAAGACGCCCGCGGCAGGCUUUGAUUUGGACCACGUGCUUGGCUUCCUGGACGCCUCCUACCUCACGCUGUGGCUGCAGCGCACCCAGCUGCACCUAGCCCGCCUCCGCCAGUGGUACAGCUCCGACGACAACGUCAUCCUCUUCUCCCACUUCUGGAUGUCGGAGAUGCCCGACAAGGACAGGCAGGAGCUGCUGCAGAUGGAGGGCCAGCUGCUUCUGGACGAGUUCCGCAUGGCGCUGCAGGACGGCGUCGAUGCGGGACAGGUGCACGAGCGUGACCUGGUCAAGCUGCGCCGUGCCGUCUUCAGUGAGUACCCAGAUGCCUUCUUCGCCGACGGCGGCAUGGGCUGCCUGGACCUCCUUCACAUCCUUGGCUGCGCGCAAACGGCAACGGCGCCCGUCAAUCCGCAGUCCCUGCGGCAGCGCCGGCCAUACCAGGAGCUCCUCAGCGCCAUCAAGUGCAGCACAGACGACACAAAGCACCGCCAGUGUCUCCUGGGCAUGCGCGGGUUCUGCCUGCUCUCCACCAUGAACGCCAUCGUCAGCUUCUUCCACAACCUCUCCACCAUGCAGGUGGCCGAAGGAUUUGCCCGCCCAGGCACAUCCACAGGCACCAGGCCAGAGCUUGCACGCGCCAUGCGCUCGUCCUCUGCGUCAUCGGCCUCAUCCCUCACAACAACAGCAACAGCAACAGCAACAGCAACAGCAACAGCAACAGUAGGGCAGCGGGCGAGUGCGCGCAGUUCAUCCGACAGCAGCGGCGGCGGUGGUGGCGGGGAAGACGAUGAUGACGACGAUGCUCUCGGCAGCCCUGAUGCUGACGCAGUACUAAAGCCAGGCACGUACACGCUCAACCCGCACAAGCCGCUGGCGCCCAUCCCACCAUCCUCUACGUCAACACCGGCCAAGCCGCCGCCAGGCACCCCGCGCCACCCAAGCACAUCUCGGGUGAGGGCUGCCCUACAGAAGGCUGCCAUGCGCUCCGCAGCAACAGGCACGUCUGCAUCUUCAUCAUCGUCAUCGUCCGCAAUGCUGCUGCAGCGGAGCGCGAGUGUUGACGGUCGCGAUCACGGCGAGGAGAGCGAAGGAGUGCUGCGGGGGCGAACUGCAUCGUGCGGGCGGUGUGGCAGCGGCGGGCGUGGUGGCCGCGAGAGUGGUGACGGCAAUGAUGGCGAUGGUAAUGAUGACGAGAACAGGCAUGAUGUGUUUGAAGACCCAAGCAAUGCAACAGGCGGUUCAGACAGCGCAGGAAACGCCAACGCCAACAGCCCCCACAGCGACAGCGGCGGUGGUGACGCACGCGACCAGCCACGCCCGGGGAAUGCGCGCGAUCGCGCACAGUCAUCCCGACACGUGGACGCACGCGGCGUUCCGGUCCGGCCCACCACCGCUGUUGGCGCGCGCACGUACGAGGGCGCGGUGGACGAAGCGUUUCGCGCCGUCAAAUAUGGCCACGCGGACGUGCUGUACUACUACCUCACCCGCGACCUGGUGUCCUUUGACACGCUCGACGGGCUGGGCCGCACGCUGCUGUUUGUGGCGGUGCUUCACCAGCAGCUUGAUGUCAUUGCCUUUCUUCUCGACAACGCCCACCACUUUGACAUUGACGCACGGGCUGCGUCAGGCAACACCGCGCUGCAUGCUGCCGUGACGACGGGCAACAAGGACGUGGUGAAGAUGCUGCUUAAGGCUGGUGCAAACACGCACGUGACCAACCCGGAAACGGGCGACGCAACGCCUCUCGACCUCGCAGCCAUGAUGGAGCACGAGGCCAUUGUUACGCUGUUGCAGAACACCGGCGGACACAGCGACCCUGCUGCCGACUUGCCGGGCCGCCCAACGACUGCCAGCCAAAGGGCGCGCACGCAGGGACGUGAGGACAUUGCAGAUACGCUGGACAAGCUGGCCAUCACCCAGCCAUCUUCUGGCUCCUCGUGACACUGUGGGCGGCAGACAAAACAGACAAGGCGCAAACAAGCAAACAAGCAAACAAGCACACACACGCACACGCGCACACACACACACACACACACACCACGCGCAUGUAUACACACACACACACGCACGCACGCACGCACGCACACACACACACACUCAAUACGCAUGCGCACCUGCCGUGCCUGCAGGCACACCACAAACGCCACAAACGCCACACCCAUCCCACGCAUUGUUUUGUUUGGUUGGCCAUUUUCUUUUUUGUUUUUGGUUAUUG